AUGACGCGGAUGACGACGAUUCCGGCGAGUUCGUCGAGCGCGACGCGACGUGGGUCGAUCGGUUCGACGCGAGGUGGACGUUUGGGAUCGAUGUCGACGCGGUGGGGGAUGACGUCGAGUCGAGGAGCGAGGGCGGCGUCGAUGGGGUCGAGCGGCGGCGGCGACGAGACGGCGGCGGCGGCGGCGGCGGCGGCGGCGGCGGCGAGCUACGUCCCGAAGACGGCGACUCGAUCGUUGCGCGGAGUGGAGUGUCGAACCGAACUUGGGAUGUCACUGGCGGAGACGUACGAGCUUCGAGGGAACGAGGCGUUCGAAGAGGCCUCGGGACGAGCGCUCAAGGGGUUGGUGGACGAGGGGUUCACGGCGGGCGAAGGGCUGGAGACGGACGAGUGCGACAUGGACUGCGUCAUCGGACGAACGGCGCUGACGAGGAUGGAGGUGGAGGACAUCAUGUAUCUCAAGGCGGCGCGCGUGGUGCUUGAGGCGGGAGGGGACGAUAGCGAGAGCGCGAGCGAACGUCGUGGGCGGUUCCGCCUAGCGCAUCGGUGUCAGCGAUUGCAGAGUGUCCUCCCCAAGGGCUCGGACGAGUUCAUGAUCAACCUCGUUUUACGAGUACUUGAGAACGUUUCGAAGAACUCCAAACAAGUUGGAUUGACGCACUCGGUGACGACGUCCACGCUGGCGGACGUUUAUCUCAAGUGCGCGUCAUUCGGGUACUUUUUGCAGGCGAGCCAACGAAGGUUCGAGCUCGAGCAUGCGAUGUCGGCGAUGAUGGAGUUCGUGCAUCUCGAUACUGUUGGGUACUCGGGCAAGAUGCCACGAUACCGCGUGCUCAGGAGCACUUUACAGGCGAUGCAGGAGGAAACACCGAGCGGGAAGAAGAAUAAACGCGUCUCGGGAUACGAGGUACCCGUGCUGUUGCGUGUUCCGAAUGGAUUCCCGCUUCGAAAUAAUCUCAUCACGCUGAAGCAGUACGUCGACGAGAUGGGACCACAAGCGCGCGCGCACGCGGCACGCUUCGCCUCCGUCGAGGCGGCCGAGGUGCUGCAGUUGCAUGUCUCGCUGCUCUUUGCGGGCGACAGAGACUGCGUUCUGACGAGCUUGGGUCAGUAUCGUCGCAAACCGCACAGAAGCGUCGACGACGACACCACAGACGAACGCAUCACUGUGCACGUAAAUCAGCUUAAGCACAUCGUGCUAGAGGCGUGCGCGUUCGGCGCUUCGUUAGCGAAAACCGAGCGCUCCAUCGACGCUGAGACGGGGAGUUUAGAAUCGAAACCUCUCUUGACGCGGAUAUAG